AUGUUGACGUCCAUCGGCCGGGCCGCCGCCCGCCGCGCGAUGGCCUCAGCGCCGUCCACGCUCGCCGCCGCCGCCAAGCUCACCCCCCAGGCCGCCGCCGCCCGGCCCUCGUUCCACGGCGCCGCCCUGCCCGUGCGCUGCCUGUCCGCCACGGCGUGGGCACGCUCCCCGGCCGCAUCGUCCAACAGCAGCUCCGGCGCGAAGAAGGCCGCCGGGACCAAGACGACGAAGAAGAAGAAGACGGCCACCAAGACGGCCAAGAAGGCGGCGCCCAAGAAGCCCAAGAAGAAGGCCAAGAAGGUCCUGACGCCCGAGGAGAAGGAAAAGGCCGAGAUCAAGGAGCUCAAGAACAUGGCCCUGCUCAAGGGCCCCAGCCUGCUGCCCGAGACGCUCUGGUCUGUGUACGUCGCCGACAACUUGCCCUCUGGGCAGGGCAAGUUGACGGACAAGAUCAAGGAGGUGGCUUCGCGGUUCAGCGGCCUGUCCGAGUACGAGAAGGAUCGCCUGCGGGCCACCGCGCAGUCUAAUCAGACGGCCAACAAGCAAACGCGCCAGCAGUGGAUAGAGUCAUACCCGCCCGAGGCCGUCUACAUGGCCAACGUGGCUCGCCGCCGCCUGGCUCGCCGCCUGGACAAGAGCCGCGUCUACCUCAUCCACGACGAGCGCCUGCCCAAGCGCGCCGGCACGCCCUACACGCUCUUCGUCAAGUCGCGCUUCCGGGGCGCCAGCGCCUCCGGCGGCUCCGGCGCCUCGGCCCAGGACACGUUCCGGGCCAUGAGCGCCGAGUGGAAGUCCAUGAGCGAGGCCGACAAGAAGCCCUUCCAGGACAUGGCCCGGGACGAGGCCGAGACGUCGAGGGCGCAGCUCAAGGAGCUCAAGGACAAGGCGAGGGCCUACUGGAAGGAGCACAAGGGCGGGUCGUCGGGCCAGGUGCCCUCGUAG